AUGCCAAUAGCCACCUCAUGCCCCAGUGCCGCACGUGUGGAGUACCGAACCUCAAGUCCUGUGGUCAGCGCAGCUACGGGCGAGUCAAAGAGACCUACCACCUGGGCAACAAACUGGUCACUGAUUGCCACCACGGGCCUGCCUGUAAUACGUUUGAGAAACAGUAUGAACAACCGUAUGCAC